AUGACGAGUACAGUGGAGAUGGCAGCGGCGCAGAGCGGAAGACAACACGCGAUAGCCUACCCGUGCCCCCCGCCUGCGCAGCGGAGUUUGGCUGUGGAGGGGAGGGCGAGGUGCGCGCGUGAGGCACAGAGGCAGGGGGAGCCACUCCCCCUCACGGCAGAGGCCCUCUUGUCGUGGUACGCCAAAGCGGUGCACAAGGUUUGCGACGUGGCCACGCCGCACACCCUUGAGACUUCGGAGCAGCCCCUGCUCGCGGUUACCCUGCCCAGAGGCAAGGAGUGGGAGCUCGGCACAGGCGCGGAGGCGGAGCGCCUCUUCUCCCGCAUGAGCCACGCCGAUCUUGUUUCAUUUUGCUGCCAAGUACAUUGGCUACUGUCAGGCGUGCCACAGAAUGAUUGCGGCGGCUCUGUGGUUUCCCCACUGCACGCCGCCGGUGAAGAAGCGGCAGGCAACGCAUACUGCGCACCACUGCUUGAAGGCGCUCCGCAUCGGCAGGAGUCUGAGGAGGAGGAGCUCAAGCUACGUCAAAGGCUGCCAGCGGCAACAAUGGGGGGAACGCAUCCGACUGCAGGGAAGACCACGGUAGACGGUGAUAAGAGUGCCAGCUUGGUGCCACCGCCACGCAGCAGACGUUACUCCGUCCCACGGUCCCCAGCUGAGCAGGUUUCCACAACGAGGUAUCUCCAUAAGGAGGACUGGUUCGGUGGCGCAAAGAUCCUUAAUGAAUAUGUGGUGCUGAAGAACAUUGGAAAGGGAACCUCAGGCAAGGUCAAACUGGCAUACAGCUUCUCAAGACAGGAAACCGUGGCCAUUAAAAUUAUUCAUCGCCCAAAGGUGAGGGAUAACCAGCUUGCGUUCUACAAGGACGCCUCGGCGAAGCAAGCGGAGGCGCUACAGCGCGAGAUUGAGGUUAUGAAAAGGCUGCAGCAUGAAAACAUCGUCACCUUGUAUGAGGUGAUUGACGACCCUGCCGCGGAAAAGUUGUAUCUUGUGAUGCAGUACAUCGACAAUGGGACGAUCGCCGUCGUGGGCCCCGACGGACGAUGCCCCAAAAUGGCACCCGAAACCCUUCUUCUCUACGCGCGACAAAUCCUCGCCGGAUUGGAGUACCUGCACGACUGCAACGUCGUGCACCGCGACAUUAAACCAGAGAACAUUCUUAUAGAUAAAAAAAAUUCUGCUUUUCUUGCCGAUUUUGGCGUUGCUGCCUUUCUUGAGCAGGGGGCGGAGGAUGUCUUAAACCGCUUUGAGGGGACGCCGUCAUUUAUGCCACCAGAAAUGUUCUCUCUCAAGGGCGAGGCGGAGGACGCGAGUCACUCCGCUGACGAGGGCGCUCGAGGAAGUCCGUUCGCCCUGGACGUGUGGUCCCUCGGUGUGGCCUUCUACACCCUUCUCGUAGGACGUGUCCCGUUUCUCUCCGUGGAGGCGAUUGAGGCGGUGCGGCGCGCCCCCGUCGUGAUCGCCGACGAGGUGCCAGAGGCAUGGCGCCAGCUGCUGCAGUCGAUGCUGUCUGCUGACCCACGGCAACGCCCCCACGUCAGCGCGGUGCGCAGCGAGGUGGAGAGGAUGGCUCGCACUGCAGUGACGCGGCAGCAGGAGGACGUCUCACCAAUUUUGGCGGGAUGUGACGUCGGGGAUGCCCUCACGCCGCCCGCGACCAACACCGGCAACGUCUGCUCAAUCGCCUCGCCCAUGUGCGCCAGUGGGCAAACGUCAAGUUUUUUCUGCCUAGUAUCUUAA